AUGGACACUACAAAAACAAAAGUAACCACGGCUCUCAUCUUCUCCGUGGUUUGUGCAAGCAGCAACGGUUUCAUCAAUAUGCCUACCAAUGUACCGACGAUUCGUUCUGCUGUAGCGCCUUCAAUCACCUAUCAUCACCAGCAGCGACAAACUACUCAGUCUCAAGCAUCAAGAGGACCAGGCAUUGGGGAUUCCAUAAAAACAAUCUUUGCCUCGUCAGUUUUGGUUGCAUCGUUGGUCUUGGGAGCCCCUGCUGGUGCUGAAAAUGAGCUGUCGGACAAAUAUGGAGGGAGAGGCUUCGACAGCUCUGUUGUUGAUCAGACAUGCUUGGUCGACAAGUGUUCCAAUCAAGCAAAAGCAUGCUUAGCAGAUGACCCCUCUUGUAGAAAAGGGCUCACCUGUACGGCAAAAUGUCUCGGUGACAAUUCCUGCAUUACAGGUUGCAUGGCGCGCUAUGGCGACAAGAACCUGGACAAUUUUCUCAAGUGCACAAUAGAGGAUAAUGAAUGCAUCAAGAUUGCUAUUCUUUCAGGAGGCUCAGAUCCAUAUGGAAAAGAGCCCAGGUCUCCUGCGCCAACUGUCAGGGACUUCGACUAUGAAUCAAUGCAAGGGACCUGGUACAAGGUUGUAGGUUUCAAUCCAAACUACGACUGCUACCAGUGUCAACGAAAUAGCUUUCAUGGUGUCGCAAAUGAACAGAAGAAAGGCACCCCAAACGAUAUUUCUUUGCUACAAGUGGGGGUCGAGUUCUCUAUGCCGCACUUGAUACCUGACGGGUCACCCCUUCCUCCCAAAAACACACGGGAAUCCAUAUUGGUCAAGAAUGAUGUCACAACUGGAAUGAAAUCGAUUGGAUUGAAUGAGUAUAACACAAAUGAAAUCAUGAUUUUCGAUAAAGUCACUGAAAAUGAGAACAAGUUGAUUGUAAGCAAAGGAAUGGAAAAUGAAGCAUCCUUCUCCAGGACAGCCCACUCGGAAGGUGAAAUGUUUGGACUGAUUCUGGGAAAACUGAACACAUACGAAGGUGCUUUUGUAUACAGCCGGUCAAAGGAGCUUGAACCAGAAUCGAUGGCAAAAGUUUAUUCAAUCGCAAAGAAAGCAGGGAUGGAUCCUGAAAAGUUUUGUAGAAUCCAAAAUGGAUGCUUCAAUGACGAUAAUUCUCUGGAACCGCGAGUAGCCCCCCCACCACCAGAAUCAAUACCGUUCCGUGGAAUCAUGGCAAGCACCAAAGUGUCUGAAUUGCUUGGAGUAGAGGCUGUUUCCGCAAGAGAUUACACUGGUAUUCCUGGAAGUGUUGCAGAAGAUCUUCAACCGAAAGCUAAGUCACCAAGUAGGCCCUGGUGGUACGAGGUUGGGGAUUAUCUCGAGAACCCUCGCAGGCACUUUGAUUAUAUGAACAGUAUGAGACAAAACAUGGAUUGGCCCAAAGAAGUGCAAGAGUGGAAUCAGUGA